GAAAAAAAAAAAGAAGCAGAGAGAGAACUCAUUGAAGACAGAGUCAAUUCAAUUUCUGAAAAAAAAAGUUCAAAUUUUUCUAAUAAAUUUUGAUUUCCCAUUAGUCAGAAACAUCUUCUUUCUCGUGACCGGAGCUCAAUUUCUUCAAAUUUUAUCGAAAAAUCGAAGCUUUCGUUUUCGUCUUCCUUCUUGAGUAUCUCUGUGAAUCUUUCAUAGCUUCUUGUCUUGUUAUAAACAGAAAGAUUCUUCAUAGCUAAUAACUUCUUGAUUCCUUUUUGUAACUUUCCGGGAAAAAAAACAGAGACUUUCCUGGAAAAUUUUCAUUCCACCUAAUUUUUCAUUGAUGGGUAUGUCAAAAGAUAGGAUCAAAUUCAACGUUGGUGGAAGAAUUUUCGAAACGACAGCGACGACGUUAGCAAACGCGGGUCGUGAUUCUUUCUUCGGAGCAUUGUUCGACGACGAAUGGAAUCUUUCACCACAAGAUUCCAUUCGUUUCGUAGACAGAAACUCAGAUUGCUUCGCUGUUCUUCUUGAUCUUCUCCGUACCGGAGACCUUAACGUUCCUGCAAACAUACCAGAGCGUCUCCUUCAUAGAGAAGCUUCUUUCUACGGUUUACUUGACCAUGUACGGACCGCCAAAUGGGGUCCGUUUGAUGGUAACCGACUUCGUCUCUCGGAUUCCGUUAAAGGAAUUGCUCCGGGAGACGGAACUGCCAUCAGGGCGGGUCCUGAUGGCGGUUGUUGCGUUGCGCAUGGGAGUGUUGUCCAUGUGUUUGAUUGGAUGUUGGAAGAACACUCUCCGAUCAACCUCGAUUAUCAGAGAGUUAACGAUGUUGGCUGGAUUGAUUCAGACAACAUCGUACUCUCUGCUUGUGAGAGAUUAGGAAGAGGAGAAGGAGGCAUGGGACUGUUUAGUUCAUCCUCCGGUGAUCUUCGGUAUAAGUUUCAGGUCUGUCAUGAGAAUCAGGUGAAGAGUUAUACAGCUGGAGCUUUGAGUUUUUCGCCGGAUUAUGAGAUUUUCGCUAGCUGCAAAGGUCGGAGUAAUGAGUACGGAAUCGGAGUUUGGGAUCAGAUAACUGGAAAACAAACAGAUUUCUUCUACGAGAGUCCAGGUUGGUCACUUGGUGAUGCUGAUAAGCUUCAAUGGUUGAAUGGUAAGAAUUGUCUUCUUGUAGCUACAUUGUUUCCAAGAAAGGAUAACUGUUACAUUAGCUUGUUGGAUUUUCGGGACAAGAACAUGGUUUGGUCUUGGUCGGAUAUCGGGUCUCCUAUGGCUAUAGACGAGAAGAGAGUGAGAGAUGCUAUAGCUAUGGAAGAUAGCAAUUCGAUUUGCGUGGUGAAUGAGUUUGAGGAUUUGGGGUUUAUUGAUCUGAGAAUGUAUGGAGGAAGCGUUAGGUGGAGUUCGAGAAGUAAAUUGAUGAAGAGUAAGAUGCCUGACGAGCCUUGUUACCCGAAACUGGCUUUGCACGAAGGCCAGCUUUUCUCAUCGAUGAAUGAUUCUAUCUCUGUGUUUUGUGGACCAGACUGGGUCUUAACUUCUAGGCUAAGAAGAAGCUAUGGUGGCUCAAUCUGUGAUUUCUCCAUUGGUGGCGAUCGCCUUUUUGCAUUGCAUAGCGAAGAGAAUGUGUUUGAUGUCUGGGAGACUCCGCCUUGUCCGAUCAUCUGAUUCACUUCCUCAAUACUCUGGUCUGCUAUUGUUAAUGUUUGCUUGUUUUAUUUGUGUUUAGACUUUAGAGUCCUUAGAAAACUACAGAGAUAAAAAUAGCAAUAGACAAAGACAACUAUAGCAAUAGACUGAUCUUAGUUUUGUUCUAUAUAUACAAAGAAAGUGUUGUGACCUGUUAUCGAUUUUAUACGGUUUUAUGCCUCUUAUACCGA